CCACCCCGGAGCUUUCCAGUACCCGGAGUUGACUUAAUGGGCAGUCAAAUGAGUCAGGUUACCCUCUCACAGCCCUAGUGUUAACAAAGAAAAUCUCAGCAGUUAGACUCUAUUAGCGCCCACUGGGGCUAACUCCACCUACUUUGCGCUUCAGGGUAGAGGAUCCGGACUACAGAGAUAUACAAAAUAAAACGUUCAUAGAUCACGGAGUGUGAUUGGCCCGGCCUAAUAAACAAAUGCAUCGGUGUGGUCAGUGCUUUUUAUAAGGGCGGACCGAAAAGGAGAAACGAAACCGAAAAAAUCUUAUAUUUUACUAACAACACUGACAAGUCGGCCUGGAAUAAAUUCUCCGAAAUUCGCAGUACACUGGCAGAGCAUCUCCGUACGACGGGACUGAUCAUUUAACCGAAGAAAGAACCUGAGGAAGUCGGAACUUUACAAUUGUCGAUUUAUGUCGGAAUACGCGAUGUCUUACAACUAUUCUGAAGAACCUAAGCCUGGAGAUCUAAUUGAAAUCUUUCGUACUGGUUAUAGUCACUGGGCUUUGUAUUUGGGAAAUGGUUAUGUUGUCCAUCUAGCACCUCCAUGUGAAAUUGGUGGUGCCACAGCAUCCAGCAUUGUGUCCGUGUACUGUGAAAAGGCGAUAAUUAAGAAGGAACGUCUCUGUGAUGUGGUGGGAGAUAGCCAGUACCGUGUUAACAACAAGUAUGAUAAAAAGUACGAUCCUCUUCCUGUUGACAUAAUUCUGAAGAAAGCAAAAGAAGCCAUAGGUGAAGAGGUCCCGUAUGACCUAAUGAGUCAAAACUGUGAGCAUUUUGUCACACGCCUGCGAUAUGACAUCGAAAAGAGUGAACAGAUUGACUUUGCCAAGGCAGCACUGGGAACUGCAGCAGGAGUUCUUGGCGUUAUUGGAAUUGCUGGAGCUAUUGCAUACAUGUUUUCGAAAAAUGAACGACAUCGAGAGAAGUAGCUCAUUUUGGAAAGAUGCGAUGCUUCAGUGUAAUAUGUUCAAUAAGCUAAUGUGCCAUUGCUACUGUAAUAUAUUUAACAAGGCUACAACAAAGUAAAAACUAUUUUUAGUGGUGCAAUAUUGACAUUUUCUUUAAAUUGUGUGGUUAUAUAGCUUGUUUUUAAAUGUAAUAAAAGCAAAUUAUGCUUAACCACAGGCACACGUAUUUAAUAUUGAUAUUAGAUAUGAAUUAAUAUUUGUAUUGAAACUUCAAGAUGUUUUUUAUUUUUAUGUACAUAAAUUAAAACUCAAUUGUUUCAGGUGCUUACUUUUAUCUGACAUAUAUCGCAUAGUACUGCUUUUGAAUUAUUAGCUGUGUCUAUGGAUAUCAUUCUUUGGAAUAUGUUAAGACAUCAUAUAUUUGUUUUACAGAAUAAGGAUUCACAUUUGUGUCUUUACAUAAAGCAUUACUACCUUUUAAAAAACAGACUUUUGUUUGUGCAAAAAUAGUCACUUUUUUAUUAGUAAGUAGUAUAUCAAAACAUUUAUCAAUAUUUCAUAACAAGUAACAAGUUAGGGGUUGGUCCUAAAUUCCAAAUGAAACUAUGGGGUUGUAAUAUUUUAUACUAAUGCAAUGUUUAUUGCUAUAGUUAUAGCUUAUUUUCAUGUUAACUCAGUGACAGUUGAUGUGAAUACAAUCUGACUUUUUACCUGUAACAGUUAACAGUUAUUAAAAGUUUUAUUUAUACAGCUUCA